AUGUGGGCAAUCCCACGUGGGAAGAGUAUGCACGUGACCCAUAUGGGCACCAUCCUGGGUCCCAUUGUCGCCAGCAUUGAUCGUCUCGUUAGCAGCAGACGCAGCGUUGUUAUCGUCGGUGGAGUAAUGGGGUCUGCUGGAUUCAUUAUCGGCUCGCAGUCGACUACGGUGUUACAGUUAACAUUUUCUAUUGCCAUUCUAUCAGGUAUAGGUAAAGCUUUGAGUAUUUUCCCCUGCAAUGGUGCUCUGGCGUCCUGCUUCACUGACAACUAUUCCGAUGCAAUUGCGUUAGUAGGAUCAAGUAUACCAAUCUCGAUGAUCGUGUAUGGUCCCCUGACACAAAUACUUCUGGAUACAUACGGCUGGCGUGGAACCAUGCUGAUAAUGGGUGGUAUUACUUCCAACCUUGUAGUUUGUGGUGCAUUGCUUAAAACUCCUGCAGUAGCAUCACCAACAGAUACAGAACAGUACCAACAGGUACCAAACGAUGCAGCGAACGGUGACAUUUCAACGGAGGGAGACGACAUUCCUUGUGCUAAAUCUCACCAUGGAAAGUGUUUGACGAUAAAGGAGAACAUCCAGCGUGUCUUUAUCUCCAUGGACUUUAAAUUACUGGCAAACACAAGAUUCAUAUUUCUAACUGCGGCAAUGAGCGGCUAUGAUUUCUGCUUCGCUGGGUGGAUAGUGUACAUGGUGUCACACGGUAUAUUCCAGGGGCUGAGCAGUUACCAAGCUUCACUGUUACCAACAUCAUUCGGGAUUGGAUACUUCAUCGGCAAGUUCGCAGCUCCUUUGUUGGAUCGCACCCGGUUCAAGCUUCAUACAUGCACAUGGGUUUAUCUUGGCUGCGUCCUCAUGUGUGCCUCGUACCUCACCGAAGCUUUCAUUGUACCGUUCCAUGUGCAGAUGAUCGUUACGGGUUUCAUUGGAAUAGGACAAGGCAUUACAUCGCAGUCACAUGACGUCCUUGUACGGUUUUUGACGUCCGUUGAUCGGCUCGUAGCUGUGCUGUGCUGGCAGGCGCUUAUAGGUGGAUUUUGUGGGAUUGGAGGUGGAUUGCUAACAGGGUUGAUUUACGAAUGGACAGGAAGUUUUCAAGGGGCUCUCAUUAUGUACAGUGGCAUCAUGCUGAUCUCGAUCCUGUUGUUUUUCAUAUAUGAACAAAUAACAAAGCGAGAACAAGACCAAUGCUAGCUGCGGAUCUAUGGAUUAGACAGCAACCAACUAACUAAACCCGGCCCCAAAUAACAACGAAAACAAGAUAAGAACGAAGAAAAUGAUUACAAUUGGUUCAUGACAUACGCCCUCAUAGGGCUUCUGCUUCCGUAUAUAGUGCGGCGUACCAACUUGAUGCAUCGGAAGUUCAGGACCGAUCAAGUUGCUUGUGUCUGAAGAUGAAUUUUGGGAAUCAGCCACUCCUGCACCCCGUAUUGACACUGGCUUCCAGUCCGACCGGAAAUUACGUAAAAUACAGUGAAACGGAGUCAAACUCUGUGAUGUGGAGCAUUUGUUAAGUUUUUGAAUACCUGUCCGACGAGAUUAUGUAUAAAUUGUAAAAAAAAAAAAAAAAAACAUUCUGUGGACUGGUUCAGGAGUCAUUUUUGUUUUCCUCUUCAAUUAUUAAACUUGGAUGUGUAUUUAUUUAUAGCUAAUGGCAUUGAACUGUCCCAUGAGCUGCAGUAUUUUAAUUCAGUAAAAAUUGUGAAGAACGCUGAAACGAAUACUGUUGUGGUUUUCCAUUUACUGGGCGAACUAACACGGUUUAA